AUGGGAUUCAUACUUUCGAAAAUUAAAAGAAAAAAUGAAGAAAGUGAUAUUUUAGUGUCAAAAAAACCAACAUUCAAUUUUGAAAAAAAAGAUACAGUUAAAAUUAAAAAUAAAUUAAAAUUAGCGAAAUCUAGAAUAAAUAAUUUUAUAAAAAAAGGGAUAAAAACAACUUCAUGGGUAGUGUGGAUAGCUGGAGUUUCUGUUGUCGUUUUAAUUACACCUAUUGCCUUUCAAUAUGAAAAAGAAUGCCAACUUUUUGAGAUGCAAGCACAAUUUUUUCAAGCACAGCAGGCAGCCAAUGUUCCUCAAUUAAAUUGA